AUGCCGUACUACGCUUAUCUCCAAGAGCACGUCGUCGACGGGGUGCAGGAACCCGUCCUACAAAGAUACUACCUGGUAACUGCUGCCAAUGCCAUUGCGGCCAGUGAUUUCUUUGUCGGACUGGGCAAAUAUGCUGAGACAAAGAACGGUCGGGUGUAUAGUACUACGGCCGAGACCAUGGAGUGGUGGAACUGUACGGUUAGAUCAGCCGGUGACAUCCGAUGGAUCUACAACGAAAUCAUGGCCCAUAGGCCUGAGAAUUACAACAAUGUGGAAGAGUUGGCCGAUUGCCGUGGUAAAAUCAUUCUCUGCGAGUUGAACAUAACGAAUUGGCCAAUUAUUCCUGUCACUCAGAACACUUCGCUUGAUUAUAGGGAUCACCAGAUCUAA